AUGGCGAUUAGCCCGCAAAUUUCCAACCUGGUUAUUAUCCUGGGAUUUAUGCAAAUAUCGAAAAAGAUACCUUUCGAUAACGAGAAUGUCCUCAACGGCGUGCGUGCGCUCUACAUCGUCUCCAACCUGAUCAUCGCGGGUAUCUACCUCUACGUCCAGGCACAAAUCAACAAGAAGAAUGACAUGACGGUCGUCAAGUACGUCGAGCCCGCCCCGAUGGGCUCCGGCGAGGAACCAAAGUUUGUCGCUACCACAGUCAAGGCCUACGAUCUCCAGAAGCUGCGCGAGCUCUUCAAGGCCCAGAUGAUGGGUGUCGGCAUGAUGGGCGUUAUGCACCUUUACUUCAAGUACACAAACCCGCUCCUCAUCCAGUCUAUCAUCCCUCUCAAGGGCGCUUUCGAAGGCAACCUCGUCAAGGUCCACCUCUUCGGCCAGCCCGCAACUGGCGACCUUGCUAGGCCAUGGAAGGCGUCUGGCGGUAUGAUGGGCGCCAUGGGUGGUGGCGAGAUUAAGACGGAUAAGAAAAGCAUCGAGGCUGCCGAGCGUGCUGGCCGCGGUGGUGUCAAGGACGAGUAG